GGUCGUAGAGUAGAUGUCAGCACGUGCUGCGAACUUCUCUAACCCGCGGGUCAUCCGGAGCGGAAUCGGAAGAGUGCAGAGUCCUUGUCGAGAGCCACGAGUCGGAGUGUUCAGAGAGUUCGAUAGGUCCUCGUAGUUUGUUUGGAUCAUCGUGAGAAAUGGCGUCUUUGGCGGGUGUCCGGCUGCUGGCGAGGAACGCCGGCUGCCUCAGGAGUUCGUUCAGCCGGCUACGUUACGCGGGCGGUGCGCUCGCUCAGAUGCGAUCCGAGCAGAGGCUGCUGCAUCGCGCCACGCUCGUCGUACCGCAGGGCUUAAGGGACACACGCAUCAAGCAGGUGCGCCAGUACAGUCAUAAAGAUCCGCUAACCCUUGACAUUAUCAAACAGCGGGUGCUCUUGGUUCUGAAACUUUAUGACAAAAUUGAGAGCUCAAAGUUGACCUUGGAAUCGCAUUUUAUGGAUGAUCUGGGUCUGGAUUCCCUGGACCACGUAGAGAUAAUAAUGGCGAUGGAGGAUGAGUUUGGCUUCGAGAUUCCAGAUAUGGACGCGGAAAGGCUACUAAAACCCAAGGAUAUAGUGCGCUAUGUCGCGGACAAGGAGGAUGUGUACGAAUAACACCCCUUGUAUUAUUUAUGCCUCACGCGUUUUAGUCAACAUCUGCCGUUGUUUCGACCGGAAAUAACGGAUCACAGCGUUUUACUUUGCUGUCGCCAUUGUUUUUUUUCUGUAUAUAGAUCACUCAUCACUAUGUGAAUAAAAAGUGCGAAUUGUUACGUCGAAA